AUGCCUGUUCGCUUCUGCACCUUAUUCGUUUCGCUCGAACGGCAGUGCUCAUUGCCUCUACACUCGCGAAACUUUUCAACCCUGUCAGUACCGGCAAUGACGACUGCUUCGACCUCAACCAACGACCACGCCGCGACGGCCCCGCAAUUGCCCCCGAUGCAACUCUCCGGCGCCCUAGACACGACGGCGUGUACCACUUACGAUGGCGCUUUGUUCCGAUGUCGUGUCUGUCACGACACCAACAAGUCAAGAUGA